AUGAGAAUCAGUAAUUUAAAAUUUGUUUUUUUUUCAAAUAUUAUUUGUUCUUUUGAGUGUGCAAAAAAUGAAUUAUACCUUGUAAACGAGAGAAUCAUAUACCUUGAAAGGAAUGUAAUAAACUUUAGAAAUAAUAGGAUAUUAUCAGAUGUAGACAACCGAUUCGAUUUAAAUGAUUUUUAUCAAUCAACUUUGAGUCUUGCAAAUCAACUUAAUGAGUACAAUGAUGAUGACGAAGAAAUGAUAUAUAUUCAAAGUGCUACAUAUUCACAUGUAAAUAUGCAUAAUGAAAAUAAUACAUUACCCGAUUUAAAUAAUGUAGAUAAUAAAACUACAAAGUUAAUUGAUGAACUUCGAAAAGAAUUAGAAAAAGUAAAAAAAGAGCUUGAUAAUAAAAGGAAUAGCGAAAUAGCAAUACAACCGAUACAAGAUAAAAUAAUAACAAAAAAAUAUGAAAAUAUUUCUGUAUCAGAACAUGAAUACUUUAAUCAAUUGGAAAAUGAAGGAAAUUGGUUAGAGAUUAAAUAUGAUCAUUUUGAAGCUGAAUAUAAUAAAAUUAAAUCAAGUAAUAAUUAUAAUGAAUUCAAAAUUACUGGAAAGUUAAAAAAACAUGAAAAAAGCAGAUUUAAGAAGAUGACGACAUUUGUGGGAUCCCUUUUUGAUAUUAUCGGCAGUAUCUUUAUACUUAAUAAUACUAUUUAUACCACAUAUUCUUUCCGUAAUUAA